GAAGUAGCUUCACGUGGUAACGUGUGUUUUUUUCAAACUGUAAGCAAUAUACGCGGUUCGGAAAAGGGAAAAGAUGACGUUCCUCAGCUUGCUCAGCUACUUUUCGCUGCUGGUGCAGAUUUGCUUCGUGACUGUUUCGAUAGCUGCUGGCCUCUACUACCUGGCCGAGCUGGUGGAAGAGUACACGGUCACGGCGAAAAAGGUCAUCACCUGGUUGGUGGUCGGGUCCGUGGCGCUGUACGUGGUGUUUAUCUUCACCGAGCGCUUCUCCUGGACCAUGGUGCUGUGUGGCCUGGGAGCUCAAGCCCUGCACGCGGCCAUCCUGAAGAAUUUCCCCUACGUCAAGUUCAUGUCGCCGAGCUUUCUCGGCGCCAUCGUACUUCUGCUUUUGAACCAUUACUUGGCGUUCAUUUAUUUCCAGCAGCAGUACCAUCCCUUUGCCGAGGUAAUGGCGUACUUUACACUCGCCUUGUGGCUGGUUCCCUUUGCGUUGUUUGUUUCGCUGUCCGCUAAUGAUAACGUGUUGCCCACCAGCAACGAGAGGACACCCUUACUCAGUGACAACGACAUCGUGACAAACUACUUCUCCAGCCGGAAGAAGCUCGGUCUGCUUUCGCUCUUCAACUACGCCAAGGAAUCGCUGCUGCCGGAACGCAACAAGAAGGCAUUUUAGACUCUUACUGAGAUCUCCCCGUUCAUCAACCCACUUCUUUCCUCGGCGCCAUAUUCUUCUCUUCGAGUCAUCAUUGGCUGUUAAUUUUUUGUUUUCGCCUUCGCUUUUGUUACAUAUAUUUAUUGAGGAUAGUGCGAAAAAGUAAGUUGAAAAACAAAAAGACAUACACGAAAUCGUGGAAAAUAAACUUUGAGUGAGAAUUGUA